AUGGCCGCCCAAACCACCUCGACCGUAUGGCUGGGUCAUGACCGUCGCAACCAGGAGCUUGCAGUCUACCAGCAUCUAUCUGGCUGGGAUCACGUUCGGCAGCUGCGAGACUACUUUACUGUUGAAGGCUGCGGAGAUAAUCGAAAACAUGAUCUUUUUGUCAUGCGUCCGCUGGGAAUCAGCCUGCGAAAACUUCAAGAGACGCAGCCGCACCAAGUCUUCGAGUCCAGUCUUGUGGCAGACGCGAUGGACCAGACCCUGUCACCCUGA